AUGACCGUUUCUGACUGGAUUCCCGCGACGAUUCCCGCCGUGAUGACCUGCUCCCCUCCCUUAGGAGUCCUCCACGCCUUCCCUGCUGCCACUGUUGAGCACCUUAUGGGAGACCAUCAGCGCCAGAUCGAACGGCUCCUCCACGCACUCUCCCAACGUCUGCAGGCUUGGCAGCACAAGGUCUCGGCCUGUCGUCGUGACCUUGACUCAACCCAUCCCCACCCUUCGCAAUCCUUUGGGGGGAUGAAGCAACGAGGAUUGGGGGAAAGGGAGGGGUUCAUCUUCGCGCAGAUAGACGUGGGGGUCUACGGGAUGCUCGCCGCGCUUGUGAAGAUGGAGAGCGUUCUACAGGAGGGGGUUCUCGCGCUCCGGCAAGACUUCUAUCGAUGCCGCGGAAACUCCUUCGCAGCGGCGCUUUCGCAGUUUAUUCAAAGGGAAUCUGAGGAAGAGCGGGGCCAAUUCAUCAGGCUCGCGGCUAGCACCGAAAUUGGCGUAGACUUGGGCGCUGUAAACGUAAAUGCUGAGGCCGUUAUUCAUGGUUUGGAUGGAUCGACGUACAGGCUAUUGGAGGCGCUGGAAAAGCUAGGAGAUUUCGUUCUGCGGAUGUGGGAACACUGUAAAAGGGUUUACUGCACGGAGGAAUCUCUCAUCCUGCUCGCCUCAGAGAACUAA